UGGGCCUAAAUAUACCCCCCAAAAAAAUUGCUGGUGAGAGAAAUCCAACGAAUUGGUUUCUGCACAUAAGUAUAUCCCAAAGUUUUCAGAUAAUUUGCUUGCAUGGUAUCAGGUUGCCGGUCGUGACUAGAGAAUGUUUUUUCUUUUAUCUUUUCCUUCUUCCAUCUUCUUUCUUCUUUUCUUGUACUUUAAGUGCCUAACUUGGCCGGCAACAAAGCCUCCCCAAAAGGGGAGGAACAAUUCUAGUCCAGCUUGGUUGAUAUGAUCCACUUGAGAGUCACCUCUGGCAUGCAUUUUGGAAGUCAUCUAACCAGGGGUCGGGUGUGAUCAGACAGUGAGGUCUGAUCUGACAACCCGUUUUUUAUUGAGUCUCAGGGCCUCUUCGCGUGAUCUAUCCCCAAGAGUUAGUUUGGGCUUCCUUGCAGCAUGGUGGCCUCAAAGCAACUGCACGGCUUUCCAUCCCUGAAGCUUCGGAGGAGAUAUUUCAAGAGAACAAAGUGGAAGCUCAGGCUCCCACUGCAGCAUACUCAGCGCCGAGCUCCCGGCCGCCGCCAGAGGGCGCGCUCCUGCCUCCGGCACCGGCCAACCCCGCGGCAGGGUUCCGGCGCUCCGAACGCCGACGUGCGGCUGCGCCGCAGGGAGGCAGCCGGGCCGGAGGCGAGGGGCGGGAGGCCUCGGCGGGGACACCCGGCCGUGCCUGGCGGGCCGCGGAGCCGCGGCGGGAGGGGGCGCUGCGGCGCCAGGCGCGCGAGGGGCGGAGGAAGUGCCGUCUUCGCUGACCAGCGCGGGGCCGCCUCCGCCUCUGCGCCGCGCGGGGCCGCGAUGUCGUCCCGGCCCGGGCGCGACGACGCCGGGAACAGGGGCGCGCGGCGGCCGCGGGAGCCCCAGGAGCAGGAGCUGCAGCGGCGCCGAGAGCAGAAGCGGCGGCGGCAGGACGCGCAGCAGCUGCAGCAGCUCAAGCACCUGGAGUCCUUGCACAUCUCCUACCUUCUCUUGGUUGCUGAGACAAUCAUUUAUGAAAAACCUCCUCCUGGGCUUAUCAAGGAAGAUGAGGCUAAGCCAGAAGACUGUAUACCAGAUGUCCCAGGCAAUGAACAUGCCAGGGAAUUUCUGGCCCACGCACCAACCAAAGGACUUUGGAUGCCACUGGGGAAAGAAGUCAAAGUCAUGCAGUGUUGGCGCUGUAAACGGUACGGUCACCGAACUGGCGACAAAGAAUGCCCUUUUUUUAUCAAAGGCAACCAAAAGUUAGAACAGUUCAGAGUAGCACAUGAAGAUCCCAUGUAUGACAUCAUACGAGAGAAUAAAAGACAUGAAAAGGAUAUAAGGAUACAACAGUUAAAACAGUUACUGGAGGAUUCAACCUCAGAAGAAGAUGGGAGCAGCUCCAGUUCCUCAGAAUGUAAAGAGAAACACAAGAAAAAGAAGAAGAAAGAGAAGCAUAAGAAAAAGAAGAAGGAAAAGAAAAAGAAGAAAAAACGAAAGCACAAGUCUUCCAAGUCAAACGAGAGUUCAGACUCAGAAUGACAAGAGUUGACUGACUUGGUCGGCAUUCUCUUCUGCAAAAUCAAACACUGUGGCCAAAGAUGCGAGGACUGCGGAGUCCGAGAGGAACAGGAGGGACACCAAGAGAGGAAGAGCGCUGGUGGCACCGGUGCGGAUUCUCAGCCACCUUCCAGGAGAGCUGUGAGCCACAGGAGAGGGAGCGUGUCUUGCCAGGUGCCAGCUCUGGAGAGCGCUGAUGCCAGGCUGGAAAGCUCUUCUCAUUGUCCUCCUCCCUGCUGAUCACUGUGGUCUGUGAUUGCUUAGAAAUGCCUCUGGCGGGGUGGCCAGACCAAGGGACUCCCCGAGGAAGCUCCUCCAGGUGCUGCGCUGCUUCCACCCUCCACGGUGGGCACUUAACGCCCUUGGAUUUCAGGCUUGACUUUCCUCUGUUGUUGAGGAUAAUAAAAGCUCAUUAUUUAUUUUUUAAAUC